CAAUGUACAUUAUAUAUUGCGAUUCUAUAUCUAUAUCUGUAUCUGCAUAUUCACAUCUAUGUCCUGCUUCUAUAAUCCACAGUUUGUCAUUACAGACAUGUCGUGGUUACAAGUUGUUUGGUAGCAAACGACUUGUUACAGUUACACCAUGUAUAUCUAUCAUGAGGUCUGUCUUAAUUUUUACUCUACAGAAAGGGGUUUCCUUUUAAUAGAUGGAAAGUACAACAAAAACUGUAACCUUAACUGUACAAACUGGGCUUUCUGAGAUUGUGCAUUCAUGAAAAAAUGGAGGUACUGCUUUUGGUGUGUCUGUGUGUCUCUUUGUCCUUCUUUCUGCCUGUCUGCCUCACAGUCACUGUGUUUGUGUUUCCGGAUAUUUGUUGUAGCAUAACUGAAGAUGUAGAACCUCCGGACGGAUUGCAAUGAUAUUUGGUAUGGGAGUAGUUAAUGGGAAGACGAAGGUCAGGGUCGAUUUUGGUUUUCAUGGUGUGUUGUUGCGUCUACAAUCUUGCCAGGUGUCCAUCAAGAACGAGGUCAACAUCAUAUUCAAGAAUGCCGUUGAUGUCCUCUUCGGAGGGCUAACGUACUGGCUGGUCGGGUACGGCAUGGGGUUCGGUAGCGAGCCCGGCUCAAACUCCGUCGUCGGCGUGGGCUACUACUUCUUGGACGCCUCGGAGAAAGACAUGGGGUUCCUCUUCUCUAGCUUCUUCUUUCAGCUGGCGUUUGCGACGACGUCUGCGACGAUCGUGAGCGGCGCCAUGGCGGAGAGAGCCACGUUGGAAGCGUAUGUGGUGUUCUCUUUGGUGAGCUCCCUCAUCUACGCACUGCCGUCUAGAUGGCUGUGGUACAAAGGUGGCUGGCUAAAACAGAUGGGUGCUCUGGACAUCGCGGGGUCGGCUGUGGUCCACAUCCUGGGUGGUACGAACGGACUGGUGGCUACUUUACUCAUGGGGCCUCGAAUCGGUGUCUUCAAACCAGGUACCAAGGAACCGAAGAUGGGCUACCCGACCAACGCGCUACUGGGCAUGUUCAUGCUAUGGGGAGUAUGGUGGGGUUGGCUGGGAUUUAACUGUGGCAGUACAUACGGAAUAACUGGAGGGAAAUGGAAACUCUCCUCUAGGGCUGCUGCUGCAACGCUGUUGGCAUCCAUGGGAGGUGGAACGGUCGGUAUUGUCUACAGUUGGCUGAUGAGGAACGGUAAGAUAGAGAUCCGCUACACUCUGGACGGUGUCCUAGGAUCCCUGGUCUCUAUAUCAGCUCUCUGCAGCCUGGCGCGGCCCUGGGAGAGCCUGUUGAUCGGGACCGUGGGCGGCUACCUGGCCAUCCUGGGCGGGGAGCUCAUCGGCAGGCUGCGGAUAGACGACCCCGUGGGGGUGGUGACCGUGCACGUGGUGGGCGGCGUGUGGGGCAUGCUCACCGUCGGCCUCUUCCUGCGACCCGAUCGGGUGGCAGGACUUACGAACUACGCAGGUAUCAAGAGAUAG